GUCGAGGCGCGAAGGUGAUCCUCGGGAUUGCGCUGCCUUGCGGGACUCACUCAAUCUGCUUCUAGACAACUUCUUCUCAAGCGCUGAAACCCAUCACAGUGAUUUUAUCUCUGCAUCGCUUCUCCUCAAGGGAUGUGGGGUGGCUACUGAGUAGCAGAGGAGGGUCUCUUAUUCUCUCUUUUGGAGUCGCUGUUGCCUGUUAACGAGGUUUCUAUGUGUCGCAAAUUCAUAAUUCAAAAGCCUUUUGGAUGCUACCUCUAAAGAUCGCUGCUUCCUUCUAAAAUAAAUGAAGUGGGCUUUUUGGGGCCAUUGCCACCGAAUCUUCCACAGUGAAACGACGUGAGCUUACUUAACCGAAAGCCUUGUCUUCAUCACCUAUCGCUUUCUCAAGAACACAAACCUUCAUCAGCAUUGCUUAGGGGAGAAAUUAAGGUGCACGUUAUUCUGAGUGGACCAAGCCAACAAUCUUGACUUGACUAGAGGGUGAGCUCCAAAAGAAGAUAAGGCAAGGAUUACAAGCAUUUGCAGAAAAAGCAUAUUUCCUUGUUCAUCAAUCCUUUAAAGCAACAGAAAAAGCAUCUUUUUGUUUCAACUUUCCCUCUCUCAGAUCGUGAUGGACACAAGGCAAAGAAAGAGAGUAGAGGAAGAGGGCACUGAAGGAGCAUCCACUUCUUCAUUCAUCUCUCGGGCACCCAUAGAUGUAGGUAGCAAUCAAUACGAUGUGUUCUUGAGCUUUAGAGGCUUGGAUACCCGUAAAGGAUUCACUGAUUGCCUCUAUCACAGUCUAGUCAAGGCAGGUACUGUACCGUGUUGCGUGUUUAGGGACGAGAACAGCAUCCCAAUUGGUGAGGAAUUUGGUCCAGAGAUUCUCAAUGCCAUCGCACAGUCUAAGAUUUCGAUCCUCGUUAUUUCCGAAAAUUAUGCUUCGAGCAAAUGGUGCCUCCAUGAACUCGUUCAUAUCAUGGACCGCAAGAAGAAGCGCAUCACAUAUAGUGUUACCUAUAUUUUACAAAGUUGCCCCAUCGGAUGUGCGGCAUCUAAAAGGAAAUUUUGGAAAUGCCUUCCAUUCGAGGCGGGAGUGUUUUGGUGAGAAGGAUAUCCAGGAAUGGCAACGAGCACUUAAUGAAGUUAGUUACUUAAAUGGAUGGGAAUCUGACAAAUUCAACAAUGGGCACGAGGGAGAAUUAAUAGAACAUGUUGUCGAAACUGUUAUAAGCAAGUUACAGGAAGAUUUUCAACUAAAUGUGCCUCAACAACUAGUUGGAUGUGAUGGUCCUAUGAAGGAAAUUAUGAAUUGGAUAGACAGUCCUUCCGUCAAUGCUCGAAUGAUUGGAAUUUAUGGCAUGGGUGGGAUAGGCAAGACAACUCUUGCCAAGUGCAUCUACAAUCAACUCUUGAAUAAAUUUGGACAUGUCAGCUUCCUUCCAGAUGUUCGAGAAACUGUUAGGCAAAGGGGGAUUACAUAUCUACAGAGUCAACUAAUAUCGGAUAUACUACAAAGCAAAAGUCAAGUGUCUAGAAUUGAUGAUGGAAUUAAUAUAAUCAAAUCUAAAUUUAGAGGAAAAAAGGUUCUCGUUCUUCUGGAUGAUAUAGAUGACAAGAUUCAUCUUGAUGCAUUGGCUAAGAAACGUGAUUGGUUUAUGGCAGGAAGUUUGAUCAUUGUUACCACUAGGAAUGAAGCCAUUCUUGAUCAAUCUGAAUUCGAGGUAGACUACAAGUAUAGAUUGAAUGAAUUGGAUGAGGUGCAUGCUUUGCUUUUAUUUAACAGACAUGCAUUUCGUAAGGACCAUUCUCCAAGGGACUUUAAAGAUAUAUCUGGUGAUAUUAUAUCCACCAUGGGUGGGCUUCCCUUGGCUCUUCAAGUUGUAGGUUCUUACUUGUAUAAAAAAAUGAAUCGAAAAGUAUGGGAAGAUGUGCGGAAGCAAUUAAAAAACCAACCACAUAGAGAUGUCCAAAAAAUAUUGCAAAUAAGUUAUGAUGCAUUAGAAGAUGGACAUAAGCAGAUUUUUCUCGACAUUGCUUGUUUCUUUAUUGGCAAAACGAGCAAAUAUGCCCUUAUUGGCGAAAUGAGCGAAGACGCCCUUAUUGGCGAAAUGAGGGAAUACGCCGAAAUAAUCAAAUACGCCAUGUACAUGUGGAAGGACUGUGGGUUUUAUCCAAGUCAAGGUAUUGAAGAGUUGAAGUUGAGGUGCUUAAUUAAAAUUGGAGAUGAUGGUACAUUUUGAGAUGCAUGAUCAACUAAGAGAUCUUGGAAGGAGCAUUUUUUGCCAAGGACAAUCGCUUGAGCUUGAGAAACGUACUGGACCAUGGGACAAUGACUAUAAGGGAGUCCCAAGAGUAAUAAGACAAAAGAGGUAAAAUAUGGCACUCCCUUCAUUUUCUCUCCCUCUUACUUUAAUAUAUUUAAUAUGGUGUAUUCUAAUUUCUCGUCUAGCAUGAACAAAUGCUCUUACUUUCUAGGAAAAAAAGAAUCGAUACAUCCACUUAUGUCCAUCGUAGAUUAGAUGUGAUAGCUAAAUAAAUUAUAAGUAUCUCAAGGAUGAAAAAGUUAUAUCAUUUGAUUAGAUUUCAUUGAUAUGAAUUACGUUUGUUGAAUUUUGAUUGACAAUCAAUUUAAGAUCCUUUUACUACAAUUUUGCUCUAUAAAACUUAUUUACUAAAAGCAUGCCAUUGUCAUAUCUAGUUGAAAAUAUUGAUAAUCUGAAGGACUACAAGAAUGAAUUUAGAUGAAGUAUAAACAUCAUAGAUCAUAUAAAUGAAGAUUUCUAGGUUAAAAGGAAAAAAAAGAAAGAUAGUAUGUGCCAAUUACAAUAACUGAUAAUUAAUUCAAAACAAUAAGAUUGGAAAAAAUUUCACACUUAUGACAUGUGCUUGCUUUCUAGUAUGGCCGAAUGUAUUGGGGGCUCUUGGGAUUCAGGAAUCCAAUGUUUGAUAUCAUUUUCUCUAUUUUGAUUUUGAAGAUAUCGGUCCCUCUAUUAGUUAUAUCUAUCUCUUUUCAUUCUUAUUUCCUCUUAAUAGAUGAGAUAGCAAAAAUCCGCAUAAAAAUAUUUUUAGGAAGAUCUUACUGGUUUUUAAAGUUUUAUCCCGUUGACUUGUAGCGCAUUCUCCCUCUUUCGCAUAUCUUCACUCCUUCUUAUAAUAACAGACAACGAAAGAUGCUAGGCACACUCUUAUUUGCUCAUUUCAUGGAUUAGGUUAGGCGUAUGAUAAAGAGUGGAUUCUCUUGUAACAAACAUUUCUAUCCGCUAUAAGUUGUUUUACAUUAUUUAUUUUUUUAGGGACAAUGCCUCUUUUGUGCCAGAAACGUCUAGACUGACUUGACUAUUUAUAAAAUAAAUAAAUAAAUAAAAAGAAAACUUGACCAAUUAGCGGAAAUGUCAUGCUUAUUAUUAUAUCCAUACCCUUGUCUUCAUGAUAUAUGAUUUUCAGCAUGAAGCAAAUUUUUUCAACUAUGUUUUAUCUUUUACUUAAAUUAUCAAUGUUCAUGUCAUUUUAUUAUUAUAUAUUGUCCAUUUGAGAUGCCUCGUAGGCUCGUGGCUGAUCAAAGGCGAGGAAUUAACCCUAGCAAUUAACCAAGAGAUGGGCAAACAAAACAGCUUUACAUUCUUGAUAUAAUUCGAAAUAGUUCAUUCCUAUGAUUCAAUUUCACUCUUUGGUUGAUCCAGUAACUUCUUAACAUUAGCAAAAAGAGCACACCAUACGGGUGUUUGAAAAAUGAAAAAAA